AUGAACGGUCGCGGAACGUCACCGUGGAGGACCAAAGUGGUGCCGGCGUUCCAUUGUACGUUGAGUCUGCAAGUUAAGACUCUACCACGCAGUGCGACCCCGAGCGGUCGACCGUCUGCCGCAUUCGAUGAAGCCCCUGGAUCAGGUCGUCCUACCGCGGCACUCGUCAAGCGAGUCGCGCUUUGCAGUUGUGGUUGUGCACCUACUGUAGCUGUUCCGGAAGAUGAUCCCGCUUCGGCUCUUGUUAGAUUUUCUUGCGUCCCUGCGCGAAGGUUUUCUCUUCGUCUGCCAGCUUGCCGCCGGGUACGCUCCGGAAGGGGGAGAUCUUGCCCCAUUGUGUUUUCGUCGCUGAUUCUUCUUAGAUGAUUUUUGCGCAAACUACGACACAAUCUCAACAACUGUGGGUGUUGUGUUUUUUUAGACAGUUAUUUAAUGUUCUUACAGCACUCGCCAUUUUUUAUUAUUGCAAUUGCUGUUGCGAAUCUUGACUCCUAGAACCUGGCCCAUGAGUUUAUGCUUAUGCAUAUAUUUACAUAUUAACUAAUCAACCCCAGCGCACUUUUCUGGCGGAGGAGCCGGGGCCGCGUUAAGGGGCGGGCGCCUCCUGGAGGGCUCCUAGCUGUUCCGCAGGGUGCUCCUGAGGGACUCACACGAGCUUGGGCAAGCCUCAGCGCAAAACGCUCCGGGCGCGUUCCGCAGCUGCCUCCUGCGUGUCUCAGUUCGGGGGGCCUACCGUGCUGCUCCUGGCUGUUCCGUAGCGUGUUCCGCAGAGUGUCCCGCGGAGAGUUCAGCGGCGCGCUCCUCUCUACCCCCGUUCAGCGGCGCGCACCUCUAUCUCUCUAGUUGCGCUAAGUGGCAGCGCGGCGCGGCGCCUUGUUCCCCUUGUUGCCCCUUUCUGGACCCUGCUUAGCUCAACCAAGCGGGCCGCCCGGGUGUGUUUCGUGGCGCUAAAGGCCCAGCUGGUUGGCUGCGUCCCGCUGAUGUUUUCGCCUUGGGUUCUACUCUGGCCGGCGCCUCUUUGCUCCCCGCUGGCCUGCCUCCCGCCGCCGCCGCUCCCUUGCUUCGGCACUUCUCGCGCCUCUCCCCUUGUCUCGUUCUCCGCUCUCGUCUUCUCUUCCCUUCGCUCGUUCGUUCCUCGGCUCCCCUCGCCUCCCUCUCUCUCUCCAAAAAUAGCCCCCAGAGGCGCGCGCAGAGCGUGAGCGACUUAAGCUGCUGGGUACAGAAGACUCAAGAAAGGGUAGGGCUCCUGGCGCUGGAGCGAGUAGAACGUCCAACGCGAAGACCUGUAACGCGACGAGCUGAGCGUGAACUUCUGGAGAUGAUUAGAUAUAGAUUUAUUGAUGUUAUUCUUGAUUUUGUGGACCACAACCACUACCGCUGUGUCUUUCUACGAGCCAGAACCACAAACCGACUUUUGUCUCUCUUACUCUACUAUGGUGUCCAGUCUCAGUCUCAGUUCAGUCUCCAUGCGCACAGACGAGACUAGGAAAAGCAGCAGCUCUAGCAACAUUAGCCAUUAAAUUGCGCUACUUAUUAUAGAGUAAGGUAAAUAACGGGUUUCGGGUUGCUCGAGUUGCAACGGGUUGCUCGGGUUGCUGAAGCGCAGGGGUUCCAAAUCUGGAACGGGUUGCCACGGGUUGCCAGGAGAGCCUUGACUCAGCAAAAUGGGGCGAAGCCGGGCGGUAUGGAGGAGAAUUUGCACGCCCGAAGUGAAGAAAUGAAGAAUAGUGCAGCUUUUGUCUUUUGUUGUUGCUCAUGAAAGGGGGAGCCACGUGCGAAGGGCUCUGCAGCCUUUCGGGCUCUUUUUUUGUAGCGUGCGGGCGCGUGUUUGAAGCGAAAACAAGGAGCGAAGGCCCCUGCUCUCUGUUGUUUUUUUGAGGUGAGUGCCGCUGUGGUGUGUCGUCUUCGAGUCGUUGGUGAUCUCUCCCCUUUUUCUUCGGGUGCGAGCGUGGCCAAUCUGCUUGGGGGCUGAGAGCGAGUCUCCGUGUCCGUCUGCUGGCUUCGGCGGGCGACGUGUCCAGUCUUGGGCACGGCAGUAAGUAGACUGGAGGAGGUUGCGAAGCUGAAAUGGAUUGGCGCGCUCGAUAUUUAUAAAUAUACGAGCGCAUCGCCAUCAGCAUGCAACUCGAACUACUUAGACGUCGCAAGUAGAUAGGGCGCCGCCGCUAGUUAUCUUACCCAUCCUCCUAGAUACGGCACUACUCAGCUGAGAGGAAGAAUAGGCGGCCGCACUUCCUUGGCCAGGAAGAUAGGGGAGCUGACUGGCUGGGGCCUUAACUUAAGGGCGCACUAAGAAGAAUAUCAAGGACCAGAGACGCGGCGCGUGGUGUCGUGCGCUCCCGUUGAGGUCUCUCGUAGGGUCAUAAAUCUGCGCCCGAAGGGCGCCGCGCAAAAAAUUUGGGUUGGCAACUCGAGCAACUCGAGCAACCCGACCCGAUAUGGGUCAAAAAAAGCCUCACUCUGUUAAGAUGAUGUAGAUGCUGCGGUCGCGGUGUAGUCGCUGAGAGCUAUUAUAAUUCGUGGCUAUUACACUUGUUGAUCUUGAUGCAUGAUGACUCUAACUGGAUUUCGUUACUCUAACGUGUAAACGGUGCCAAGAGAAACUGGGUGCGGCUUCACCGUCAGCGAUUCCUGACGCCAGUGCUUAAGUAGCUUAUGCACCCCACAACAGAUUAGAUCAACAUCAAGCUGGAGCAACCAUUCAACUUUAGAAAAAGUCUUCGCGAAGGCAUCCGAGGACGAGACGCAUUUGUUGUUGUUCUAGGUUUUCCGAAUACUUACUCUUAAAAAAUAAUCAAUAUCAUAAUGUGCUGCAAGCUCCUUCCAUCCACCCUUAUUUUGGGUGGCUCGUUCCUCUCUUUGGUUUCGCCAGUCGCUGCCGCUGCCGACACCGUGGCGUGGGAUCAGCUGCUCUCCAACCCCGGCAACAGCAAACUGGAUGCGGCGGUGAGCGAUGCCAUCACCUUCAACUGGGUCGCGAGUGCGAACGACGUCAUGAAGCUGGACACUUGCGACGGGACGACUGUAAGUAUGUGUAUCUUCUCGUCGACAAUUGCAGCGUUUUCAUUGUGUGA